AUGAGAGAAUCACAACCCAUUUCUGAUUUGCUGGUGCUCCUCAAAGCAAGCCUCAAGCAGAAGCUGCAGAACGCCGGACCUUCAAUGCAAGCUCUCAACCUCCUACCUUCAAAGCAAAUUGCCACCAUGACUAAUCUUUAUGAGAUGCUUCAGAAUAAUAGUGGGAAUUCAUCAUUUCGAUGGAGGAAUGCGAAAAAAGACUCUAAUCCAUGUUCAUGGGUGGGAGUUUCAUGCAGUUCAAGCAACUCCUCUGUAACUGAACUUUCUUUACCAUUGUUUUCAAUAUCUAGCUCAGAAAUUCUGCCUGUUAUUUGCCAGAUUGAUAGCUUAGAAUCUCUUGACAUCUCUAAUAAUCAUUUGAGCUCAAUCCGAGAUGUGUUUAUCUCUUCCUGUGGUGGGAUCAGUGGUUUGAAACUGCUGAAUAUUAGUAGGAACGAAUUGGGUGGUUCUUUGCCUACUUUUAAUGGUUUUCAAAAGUUAGAGGUCUUGGACUUGUCUCGUAAUUUUCUGAUGGGGAACAUCAAUUUGCAAUUCGAUGGGUUGGAUUCUCUGAAGAGUUUGAACCUGAGCUACAACAAAUUCACUGGUCCUCUACCAACCAAUCUUGGGAAAAACAAUCUUUUACAAGAACUUCAGCUAUCUACUAAUGGUUUUCAAGGUGAAAUCCCGGUAGGGCUAGUGAAAUAUGGUAAUUUAUCUCUGAUUGAUCUUAGUCACAAUGAACUUUCAGGAUCAAUCCCUGAGAGAUUUGGAGAGCUUUCCAAGCUCCAAAUAUUGGUUCUCUCAGCAAACAAUUUGAGAGGUGAAAUUCCCAAGCUCCUUGUAAAUAUUCAAACACUGUUCCGAUUUGCUGUGAACCAGAAUAAUUUUGUUGGAAAUAUUCCUUCUGGGAUUACUACGUAUCUCAGGAAUUUGGACCUCAGUUUCAACAGGCUAAGUGGAACCAUUCCCCAAGACCUUUUAUCCCCACCCUGUAGACAAAGAAAAUUUAUUUAA